AUCACAUUCUUUCAUUUCAUGCAUGGCCUCUCUUCUCAUCCAUUUCCAUUAAUCAAUCACAUUGCAAAUGGAAUAUUGCUUCUCCAUACCCAUUGCUCUCAUCUGGGUUUUUCUUUUCAAAGGUGCUUCAUGUGCCACAUUUACUCUGAUCAACAAAUGUGACUACACGGUGUGGCCUGGGAUUUUAGCCAAUGCAGGGAGCUCCGGAUUGGAUUCAACCGGGUUUGAACUCCGACCGGGUGGCUCACGGAUCUUCCAAGCACCGCCCAAUUGGUCCGGCAGAUUCUGGGGCAGAACCGGGUGCAAUUUCGACCCGAAUACCCAACAGGGCAGUUGCACGACGGGAGACUGUGGCUCCAAUCAGGUCCAAUGCAACGGUGGCGGGGCAAGUCCACCCGCCACAUUGGCGGAGUUCACAAUCGGGUCGGGUUCGGGCACGCAGGACUUCUAUGACGUGAGUCUCGUUGACGGUUACAACUUGCCGUUGAUUGUAGACCCCAGUGGCGGGUCGGGUACGUGCGGGUCCACCGGGUGCGUUGCGGACCUGAACCAACGGUGCCCCAACGAGUUACGCGUGGCGGAUCGCGCCGCGUGUAGGAGCGCCUGUGAGGCGUUUCAGAGCCCAGAGUAUUGCUGCAGCGGCGCGUACGCUUCACCCGCGACAUGCAAGCCUUCGAUAUAUUCGCAGGUAUUCAAAUCCGCGUGUCCGAAAUCGUAUAGCUACGCGUACGACGACGCUACGAGUACGUUUACGUGUACCGGAGCUGAUUACACCAUCACAUUCUGCCCUUCAACCACAAGCCAAAAAUCUGCAAGAGAUUAUUCACCACCUCCUCCUUCUGGAAAUGGGUCAGAAACAGUGACAGGGGAAAUACCGUUGAUAAUUAACAGUCCAUGGUUUUCCAACUUUUUCACUGGAAUUUCAUCAAACACUCAUUCAUGUCCCUUCCCAUUCAUUCUUACACUCACUGUGAUAAUCUUCUUCUCUUUGGAAUGCUCAUAGUGCAGAAAAGUGGUAGGUGAAAUUUUUUAGUAUGGAUAACUAAAUCUCGCGAUGAGUUUUCUUUGGUAAUGAGAAUCAUGUGCACCCCACCAGCAAAAAAGGGAGUUUUUCAUAGAUGGAUUGGAAUUAUUGAAUUAGAAAGUGAUGUAGCAGAGUAUAAAAAGUAGGGUUUUUUAUGCUUUGCUUGACUUAGAAUUUGAGUAACAUGGUUGGUAAAGGGAACUUUGAGGGUAUUUUAAGCUUGGCACCAUGUCAUUUGGGUUGGCAAGACAAUGGUAUAUGCAAUUAUAUUGUCUGGAAAAGAGACAUAAGCCACUUAUUGCUGAUGUUAAACACACUCUGGUUAUGUUCAAUAUUGUAAUGUCCCAAUAAGCACAAUUUUUAAAUAAUUAUACAUAAAG